GGGGAGCAUGGCAAAAAGACUUCUUUAUCAUGUAUAAGGAACAAAUGGCCUCCUACCUUCUCUGACUACCCCACUACCUUCCUGCAGAAGCAUGGAACCCGGGUGCCCUGAGUUGCUGGAGCCCCCAGAAGAUAUCUUCUCAACAGGAUCCUUCCUGGAGCUGGGACUCAACUGUCCUCCAUCAAAGGGCCUUCAGAAGAGUGAACCUGAUGACUUCCUGAACCUCUUUAUUGAUCCCAAUAUGAUAUACUGCUCAGAAACAUCUCCUGGUAGCAACAGUGGUGUCUUUGAAGACCCUAGCUCCCCUGCCCAACAGGAACCCAGUUCCCCUGCCCUCUAUGAGGUUGUUUAUGAGGCAGGGGCCUUGCAGCGCACGCAGCGGGAAACAGGGCCAACCUUUGGACUCAUCUCCAUCCAGAUAGAUCAGUGGAGUCCUGCAUUUAUGGUGCCUGGUACCUGCACAGUCAGUGGGCUGCCCUCAGAUGCUCAUAGACACAUUCUGCCAAGAACCAGCACCACAGCCCCAGCACCUCCUGCUGCCCUGCUGUCCUGCCAACGCCUGUUCCUGACAGAUGAAGAGAAGCAUCUGCUGGGGCAAGAAGGGGUUUGUCUGCCCUCUCACCUACCCCUCACUAAGGCAGAAGAGCGAGUACUCAAGAAGAUCAGGAGGAAAAUCCGCAACAAGCAGUCAGCUCAGGACAGCCGGCGGCGGAAGAAGGAAUACAUAGACGGGCUGGAGAGCAGAGUGGCAGCUUGUUCUUCACAGAAUCAAGAACUACAGAGAAAAGUACAGGAGCUCGAGAGGCAGAACACCUCCUUGAUUGCACAGGUUCUCCAGUUACAGAAGCUCACUGCUCAGACCUCCAGCAGAGCUGCCCAGACCAGUACCUGUAUUCUGAUUCUCCUUUUUUCACUGACUCUCAUCAUCCUGCCCAGCUUCAGCCCCUUUCAGAAUCAACCAGAAGCUAGGCCUAAGGGUUAUCAGCCUCAUGGAGUGAUUUCCAGAAAUAUCCUGACUCAUACGGACAUGACAGAAAGGUCAGAGAUCCCAGCGGUAAAGUCCAAACUGGAGGUGCUACCUGAAGUCCCGACUGCAAAUGGCUCAACAAAGACACAGUUAAAGCUGGGAACAAAGGCUAGACCCACUGGGCAGAGCAGGGGAACUUUGCAUGCAGAUGAAAUGUAAGCUGACCAUUUUCCAGUCACACAAGAAUACACACAAGCUUCCGUCACUGUUUCAUCUGAAUUCCCAUUAGGUGUCCACACCCCUGGAGUUCUAACUCCAAAUACUCAAAUACUUCAGUCCUGAAUUUGUGAUUUUACUUGUUCUUUGGGGAUAGGAUCAAAGGGAAGCAAGUUUUAACUCAGAAAUAAACUUUCUAGCUAAAAUUCU